UGCUUACUUCAAUACAUGCUUAUUCACAUUAUGUGCCGAUUAGACUAUUGUGCGAAUAAGUCUCUUGUCUGCGGAGGCUUUUAGAUUCACUUAACAAUAAUCAAAUAUUUCUUUUUUGUUCUGAUGGAAUUUUUAAAAACUUUAUACUGUUUGUGUGGCAACACUAUUUUCAAACCCAACCGCCAAUCUAACCGCGGUCUGUCAUUUCGUUUCUAAAGUACUUGGCUGGAUUAUCCACACUCGUGCUUUUUAACGAUUUUAUUACUCAAAACUGCGAUUUCGACACACUACGUUUUUUAUAUUCACCUAAAUACUAUAGACUUUGGAUUUUUUAGUAAUGGCUGAGCAGCAAGCUGUCCCCGAUCCCCGUCACCCCGAGGCUCCCAGGCCACCUGGACUUCCUCUUGUAGUGGACGAUUUCAAUGAAAUCGUUCCCUACAAAGGGAACUCGAGGUGGUUUUCUCGGGAUAAUCACUUUUAUGUGGUCAGUCGCUCGAGGGGGGCCUCGACAACCAUGAGGUGCGCCAGCGACCGGUGUCCAGCGCACUGGAUACUGCGGAAUGGGAUAGCUGGACCGACGAUUGGGCAGCAUAAUCAUUCCCCUACUCCCUGGGUGCUUAAUCGCAAUACAAUGUUCCAGGAACUAAAGAGGAGGGCUUCAGAGGAGAGUAUUCCUCUGAAUGCCAUAUAUGAGGAAGAAGCUGCCAGAUAUCCGGACGCUGCAUCUCACCUGCUCUACGAGAGUGUGCUGCCGUCGAUGCGGAAGUGGAGGAGAAACUCACAGCCGGCUCAGCCACGCACCUUGGAGGAAUAUGCGGUGGCCUUAUCAGGCCACCGUUUGUUAAGUCCUGCUCUUUUCGCCACUGUGUCGGUGGCGGAAGGAAAAGCUGUCAUAUUAGUUAUGCGCGGUUUCGAACGUUGCAUCGCUGACAGUGAAGUGCUAGUCAUCGAUGGAACGUUCCUGACUGUCCCAGCUGGAUUGUCGAUUUGCCAAAUUUUAACAGUACACAGUAUAAUUGCUGGACACAAUUUUCAUCCUGUUGUAGUCCUGAUGCAGAACCGCCGCCGUCCUCUGUAUGAGGCAGUUUUCCGUAGAAUUUGGCAAGCGGCUGGCAAUCCAAGACCACAACAAAUUAUAACAGAUUAUGAGCAGGCCUUACGGUCUGCUCUUGCUUCCGUUACAGGAAUUGCAACCCAAGGCUGCAUGUUUCAUUACGUGCAAGCUUUGGUGAGGCAGGCACGGCAGCUCGGGUUGCAGGCGCAGCAGCGCCAGAGCGCGGCGCACCGGCUUGUGUCGCUGUACAGCGCGCUGGCGCUCCUGCCGGCGCCGCAGGUGGCGGCCGGCCUAGCAGAGUUGUCGCACAUCGCACAGCAGGAAAGGCUUCCUUACAAUGAAGACUUUCAUAAUUACUUUGUUGCGCAGUGGAUGGCACGCGUGAGUAAUACUCCAUAG